CGUUUGACAACCGAAAACCUGGCCAGCGGUUCGACAAUAUUUGUGCACUUUAAUCUUGAAACCACCGGCCUCGAGGUCUUUCUCUCGGCUGCAUGUGGCAAGACUAGCAAUAACAGACCGGUGUCUGGGUCCAUUGGUUUAUCCAUCACGACGUCGUUUAGCCAGAAAAGGCCUCUCAUCUUGGCUUGAUAUCGCGAUGUCAAGCUCUGUUGAUUCAGCGCUGAAGGUUCUCGAUGAACCGGCUAUGUUGGGACUCUCGCUUCUUGUCGCCCCUGAACACCCAUUGAUCGACAUCGUCUUUGUCCAUGGUUUUAAUGGACACCCGGAGCGUACCUGGAGGCAUAAGGGCGAUACUGGCCAUCAGCCUAGUGUACCUGAAGAGCACAGCGACGAACGACCCCGAAAGUUCCAAAAGAUAUUCGAUUCAGUGAAAGUCCCACGCGGCCGGAAGCCUGUUUAUUGGCCCAGGGAUCUCUUACCGCAUACCGCACCUGACGCACGAAUACUGGCGUAUGGCUACGACACUCGCCUCGGACAUCGGCUUAGCUCCCCGAGGAGCCAGAAAUCGGUGUAUGAUUUCGCAAAGGACUUCUUGCUGGAAUUGGAAGCCGCACGCCGGUCACACCCAAGCCGGCCCCUUCUAUUCAUAGCUCACAGCCUUGGAGGGGUCGUUGUCAAGGAAAUGCUCCGACAAUCGUACGGCCAUCUGAAUCAUCACCAUCAUCUUCGAACCAUAUCUGAGUCAACGUCGGGUAUCAUCUUCUUCGGCACGCCACACGGCGGUGCAGACCCACAAGGGCUUUUAAGGACCAUUGCAGAGAAUGUCGCUCGAGUGGUUGGUUUCACGGUGAACGAGACCGUCCUGGAGAGCUUGCUGCCUUCUGCUGAACGUCUGAGGCAACUUCGUGACGAGUUUGGUCCGAUGGCUCACGCACAGGAGUGGAAGAUACACUGUUUCCAAGAAGACCACGGGAUCAAAGCCCUCGGUGGAAGGAAGGUUGUUGAGGAUGUAUCCUCUUGCUUGUCUGAUUCGAGUUUGGAAAUCACUCAGCAUAUCGCGAAUGAUCACAUGGAUAUGUGUCGCUUUAGUGGAAUUCACGAUGUCGAGUAUAGGAAGGUAGCGGCCGCAAUCCGUCGUGUUCUUGAAAACACCAACAACUGCCCUCAUUCCGCUAGUCGAACAACCUUGAGCAUCGGAGAACGGCAAGCCUACGUCAAGUCCCUCAGAUUUGAUCAGAUUGGUGCUCGUCAUGCGACAAUCAAGACGGCCCACGCCAAAACUUGCAGGUGGCUUCUCAAGAACCCUGGUUACCAGGACUGGCUCGCCCUCGAAAGACUCUCCGAGCAUAAUGGCUUUCUGUGGAUCAAGGGUAACCCGGGCACCGGCAAAUCCACAUUGAUGAAGUAUAUACUUGCGAACGCCAAGAAGACCAUGCCGGAAGCCACAGUUCUUUCAUUCUUUUUCAACGCAAGGGGAGAAGGUCUUGAGAAGUCUACCGAAGGUCUAUAUCGGUCACUACUUCUGCAACUGCUAGAGAACUUUUCAGAGCUUGAGCAGAUUCUGGAUCUUCUUCCGCAGCCGUUACUGGCCGGAACCGGUGAAUUCGAGGGCCAGUGGCAACUUGAAACCCUGAAAAUGAUCUUUCAGGCCGCCGUCAGAAGACUUGGGACCAGACGCCUGGUCUGCUUUGUCGAUGCGUUGGACGAGUGUCAUGAAGAUGACGUGCGAGACAUGGUGGCAUUCUUCGAAACCCUCAGCCAAGAAGCAGUUCAAUCAGGAAAGCACCUCCAAAUCUGUUUCUCAAGUCGCCAUUACCCCUAUAUCAGCGUCGAGAAGUGCAUUGAGCUCGUUUUGGAGGAUCAGGAUGGCCAUCAAGAUGACUUGGCACACUACUUACAGACCGAACUGAAAAUCGGAAAGAGUCAGCGCAGCGAAAAGAUCAAAAAUGAAGUUCUCCAGAGAGCCAAUGGUAUCUUUCUAUGGGUCGUACUGGUCGUCCGAAUGCUGCAGAAAGAGUAUGACAGAGGACGAAUACAUGCGCUUCAGAAACGACUCAAUGAGAUUCCGGACGGCCUUGAUAAAUUAUUUAAAGAUAUCUUGACCAGAGACGCACGAAACAGCGACGAUCUCCUGCUCUGUCUGCAAUGGAUUUUGUUCGCCAAACGACCGUUGAAGCGUGAGGAGCUAUACUUCGCGAUAUUGGCUGGAACUGAACCUGAUCAACUUACCCCAUGGGACCCGAACGAGAUAACGACAAAUGUCAUGGAUCGAUUUCUUCUAGACUGCUCCAAGGGCCUCGCCGAACUGACAAAGACGAAGAAACAGACGGUCCAAUUCAUCCACGAAUCCGUUCGAGAUUACCUUCUCAAGGGAAACGGGCUCGUGCACCUUCAACAACCUCUACAAUCGGACUUUGAAGGGCUGAGCCAUGAAAAGCUGAAACUGUGCUGUCAAAACUACUUGAAGGUUGACACAAGUCUCGUGGAUUCGCGGGGACAAGAUACAAUCGACCCCGGAGUAAAUGAUCACGGAAUCGUCGAAAAUGAAACUCAGCUGGACACCCCCUCUAAUGACAACAAUUCUCAGUCACAGGGUGCCUCUUCAUCUAACGACGCCGAGAGUCUUUCCGAGAACUUAUGCCUGCAAUACCCAUUCCUAAGCUAUGCCAUGAAACACAUAUUCGACCACGCUGAGGCUGCAGCUGAAAAGAAUAUCUCGCAGUUGACUUUCACUACAGAAUUCGACUUCGCAAGUUGGAAGGGGUACAACAACAUCCUUGAGAAGUACUCUAUUCGAAAGUAUUCCCCUGGCGCCAGCCUGCUGUAUAUUUUCGCUGAAAAAAACCUACCAAGCUCAUUCGCAUUGAGCUUCAAAAAGUACCUCACAUGGAUAUCAUGGGCGAGCGACAUCAAUUUCCUCUGCGGGCGGCUGUAGUCGCAAAGAACAAGAAGGCGAUCGAGGAAUUUCUGAGUCCUGCCGCCGGAACAGAG